GCCGCAAUCGAUUAUUGUGCCUGCUCCGCCCCGUUGCAUGAUGGGAAAGCGGGAUGUUUCAAAUCCUCUUCCUGAUUUUUUUUUUUUGGCUCGGUGUGUUUUUGUUCAUCAUGGAGGGGAGAGGCAGUGCCGUCAAUACUCCUGCCACCAGCAGACCUGUAACUCGUAGAAGCAAAAGCUAUGGCCGGAGCUGUGUGGAAGCACCCUCAUAUUUCUGGCAAACACCAGGACAUUUAACAGUCUUGAAGAUCCCAACCAGUAGAGAGGCUGCCAAAUCACAAAUCAUCACUAAUAAGGUUGACCCUGAGCAUAUUGCUCUUCUGGUGAAAAAUGAGUGGAAGCUGUCCUACGUCACUCCUUUGUAUCGCUUCAGACAUACAGAGCUGAAAUCAUAUUCCAAGCAUCUCUCAGCCUUCAUCAUAGCAGAGAAACAGCAAGGAGUUGCAGUUGAAGUCGGUUUAGAGGCAGGAUUCAAGGUCACAUUUACUGCAGUUCUUGGACUAGCUGAGACCAGUGAGGAUGCUGAGACUGUUUUCAUUCAGAUCCAAUCCAAACCGGUGUUUGCCGCAGCAGCAGAUGCACCGAAAGUUGUCUGGCGCGGUUGGCUCACAUGCGUCAACGGUGAUCCAGAGUACCUGAGGGCGCUGCCUCCUGAUUUUGUCAGCUUGCCUUUGUUUUGCACAAGUGGACCGGAGUCUCUUACGGCACUUGUUAAAUCCUGGUUCGAGAGGGCUUUUGAUUGCAACUUUGGUUCUUUGGCUUUAAACUCCACCACUCUCAAUUGGCUGGCUGCUUUGUGGACUGGCUGCCAUCCCACCUGCAAUAUCAGGUAUCUGAAACUAGCCUGGAGCCUUCCGUCACAGCCACCACUGGAUGUCUCGUACACAGUGAACCCACAGGAUGCGUGGGAGCUGUGGAACAGUAUUCACCCAGAGGAGAGUACAGAUGGCCGGAUCGAUAUUAAAGAGGUCCAGUCUUUCAUGAACGGGCUGGAGACUCAUUUUUUCAGACACUUUAAGAUCUACCUGUCUGCUGGUAUGCUCGUAAAAGUAUCUACCGCUCUGGGAUCAGCACAGCUUGAUGGGAAAAUCAAGAUCGGAAACAGUGACUACAUCACCACCUUACUUACCAUGCUGACAGAAUGUGCCCUUCUGAAAAUGCUAACUUAAAAUCUGCUUUCUAUUUUAGAUUUGUAAAUAUAUUUUUUGUUGUUGUUUUUUUCUAUGACAUUUAACUUUUAAUUCUUUUAAGGCUUAUUGUCUCGUAUUUAUUUUUUUGUGCUGUAAAAUAUGUCUAUGUCUGUUUUCCAGCUUUUAAAAUUGAGCUUGUUUUUAUUCUGCUUUUUGAUCCGUUUUCUUUUCUAAGACUAAGCAGAGUUUUAUCAAGACAAAUAACAUCAGUCCAUAAGGCUUAUAUGAUUGUGAUACUUAAUAAUCACAAAUAAAUUUGUCAGCUAUGUAAAUGUAUCACUACUAUAUGUAUAGGUGCUUAUAAAUAGUUCAUACAAAUAUGUGUUAAUAUCUGUAAUUAGUAUAUUGUAACAUAUGUUGAUAUUUUAUACAAACAUUUUGUACCCUUGAAAGUAUGUAAAUCACUUAGGGACAGUUGUCAUCCUUGCGUAAUGAAUGGCGGCUGGCUUGAUUUUGGAUGUUUAUGUUUUGACAGUGUUCAGGGUCUCUGAAAUUGUCAUAUUAAGUUUUGCUUGCAGUGUUAACAAUGUCAGCAUCUAACAGUCGAAAUGUAUAAUGUUUUACUAUGUAGGUGGAACUUGCAAGCAGAUAGUUUUGUUGGAAGGAUAGUUAGUUAUUUUUGAUUUUAAAAGAUUGGUUUCUUAUUUUGAAAUUGAUUUUGGUGGACUUUUUGUGUUGAUAUUACUUUGAUUCAUCCGCACUCAAGACACUUCAUUUAAACAUUUAGAUAAGUAAAGGACCUAAGAUGUGGAUAAAAUGUUUUUGAAUUGAGCAACCUUUUGUCUCUCAAUAAAGCACAAAUCUAAGUUGA